UCUAAAUUAUUGAAUCCUACAAACUUCUCUUUUCCUUGUUAAUAAUAAGAUGGGUAUUUUCUCUCAAUUUUUAUUUCUUUCACUCAUGGCCUUUUGGUUCAUAUCUCUUGCAGCUUAUGGAACUAAAACUAUUCACCCUGAUGAAAAGAAAGCUCUUGAAGAUAUAGCUAAGUCAAUUGGUAAGAAGGAUUGGAACUUCGAUAUUGAUCCAUGCAGCAACAAACCUAAUUGGGUUACGCCUACUAUCCCUCAUGUUUAUGAUAACAAUGUCACUUGUGAUUGCGCUAUAGCCGGUGAUAAUUUUUGCCAUGUUAUUUGGAUAAGUUUGAAAGGACAAAAUCUCCAAGGCACUCUUCCACCUGCACUGAGCAGAUUACGUUACCUACAAAUGAUCGACUUCGCUCGCAAUAACUUGAAUGGUACAAUUCCUAAAGAAUGGGGCGUCUUGACGAAUAUUCGUAAAUUUGCUCUCCUCAGCAAUCGGUUAACUGGUCCAAUACCGGCGGAGAUCGCAAACAUAUCUAGUCUCCAACUUUUGGAGGUACAUAACAAUCAAUUGUCUGGAAAUCUACCUUCUGAGCUUGGCAAUCUACCCGAAAUUCAAAUAAUGCGAUUUUCCUCGAAUAAUUUUACUGGAGAACUACCUCUUACAUUCGGCAAGCUCACUAAAUUGCUAGAGUUCCGAAUUGAUGAUAACCAAUUCACUGGAAAGAUACCAGAUUAUGUUCAGAACUGGACAAAUAUUAAUAACUUAAUGAUGCAAGGAAGUGGAUUAAGCGCGCCGAUUCCUUCUGGAAUUUCACUUUUGAAAAACUUAACUGACUUGAGAAUUAGUGAUUUGAAUGGAUCUGAAUAUGCUCCUUUGCCACAACUAAAUAAUCACACAUUGUUAAAAACAUUAAUUCUGAGGAAUUGCAACAUCAAUGGAACACUACCCGAAUAUUUUGGGACUAUGACAAAAUUACAACUCUUAGACCUCAGCUUUAACAAAUUAAGUGGAACAAUUCCGAGGAGCUAUGCUGACAUGAGCGGCGUGAAUUACAUAUUUUUAACUGGAAACCUUCUCACUGGACAAGUGCCUGCUUUCACAAAGAAAACUAACUUGGACGUAGAUCUUUCAUACAAUAACAUCACCAUCAGCAAAGGGAGUCAAAAGGAAAAUGUGAACUUAUUUUCUACCUCGGAUUUGAGCUUUACAUGUCCCAAGCCGUCAAAAUCACUUUUUAUAAACUGUGGUGGAAGUCAAGAAAUAGUUGAUGGAAAAACUUACGAAGAUGAUUCAGGCUUAGGUGGACCAGCGAGAUUCCACGCAUAUCCUACAGGAAAUUGGGCAUUUAGCACCACUGGUGUACUCCCUGGAAGUAAAACUGUUGGAGAAUCUUAUUCUCCACACAAUAUCUCUAAACUUACUAUGGUAGAUUCCAAAUUAUACACGCGUGCACGUGUUUCUCCUAUUUCUUUGACUUAUUAUGGAUAUUGUCUACAAAAGGGUAGUUACACAGUGAAUCUACAUUUUGCGGAAAUAAUGAUCCCGGAUGAUCAAACUUAUGCUAGUUUGGGAAGGCGCGUUUUUGAUAUAUACCUUCAGGGAAAGUUAGUGCAAAAGGACUUUAAUAUUGCAAAAGAAGCAGGAGGAGUUGGAAGUAAAAUAGUAAAGCAAUUCAAUAAUAUUGUUGUUAGUAGUAAUACUCUAGAGAUUCGCUUGUAUUGGGCUGGUAAAGGGACACAGAAUCUCCCAAUUAAUUCUGUAUAUGGUCCUCUCAUAUCUGCUAUAUCAGUGGAAUCAUCAGGUGCGUAAAACUCUUGCAUAUUUGAAGGAGCGGUAGUUGAAAUUCUGAUUGCAACAAUCACCAACAAUGAUGAAUAUCAAAGGUGGUGUGACAUAGUAUUGGAAGAAUGAAUCAUAAUUCAAUAUAUUUCUUGAAGUUAAAGAACUGUUGAUAUUUGUAAAUAGAGUUAAGAAUAUUUGU